AUGGUCUUCUCAGCCCAAACAAGAGACCUCGGUCUAAAUCUCUCGACCAUCAGUAUCUCGCCUUUGGUAAAAGGGAAUGGGCAGCAGGCGAACGAUUUCCACGGCAAUAGGUUAGCCAAGGCCCCGUCCGACGGUAUGCCUUGUCCUGAAGCUUGCCCGUUCUGCAUGACUGCAUUUGUAGACCAGGAUCGAGGCCAAAACCCGGAUCUCUGUGAUCCUCGUCUCCAACAGCUCGAUGUUAGUUUCUGGACCAACGUCCCCAUCGCCAACGAUUAUGCCGCUCGAGUAAUCUCAUUGUAUCUUACGACCGAUCAUCCACUCUUAGGCAUCUUUGACCCCGAACUGUUUGUUAUGGAUCUUGUCCAUAAGCAGGCAACGCAUUGUUCACACCUGCUCGCCAACUCAGUGUUGUAUUGGGGAUGUCAAAUGUACACUGCUAUUGAUGAAGGGGCAAGCGAACUCGCCGACCAGUUUUGCAAAGAGGCCGAGAGGCUUUGGCUGACGGAACAAAAUAAUGAUACCAUCCUAAAUACAGCCAGCGCACAACUUUUAAGCUUGGCUUAUCUUGGCCAUGGCAAAGAUCACUACGUCCUUAAAUACCUUGCUGCAGCUCUAGGUAUGGGCAAAAGACUCUUCUUAUUUGGCGUGGAGCCAAAAGAAGCUUUGACGCAUCUGCAUCCUAUGUCUCCAGAAAUGCAGAAGGCAGUUGCUUACACUGCUUGGGGAGUCUUCAACUGGGGUGUUCUAAUUACACUUUUUUACCAGCAACCGGAUCUGGACUACCCAGAUCAUCCCCCUGUCUUACCGAUACCCGGGGAAGCGGUAUCCGGUCAAAAGCAUGACAUGUCACCAGGCUUUAGCUCCGAUAUGUCAGAGGAACACAUCCCGUUGUACAUGGGCCGAACCUUUCCGACAUUAUGCAGAUUCUGGCGCAUUAUACACGAGGUCACUCCGGUGUACUAUAAAGGACGGCAAAGCCCUUUACCCGAUGUUUCUCUCGACUUUGCCGAGUUUAAAUAUCGUGAGCUGCUUGCUUUGAUGGAUAAACUUCCGUCGGAUCAAGUAUUGAGGGACCACUGCCCACAUCAUGUCGUUAUUUUUCAUAUUUGGUUUCACGCUGCCAUUCUCGAUAUCUUUCGUCCCUUCAUGCGUCAACCACAGCACGGACAGCUUCACCUCAAGACGUUUUCCGCCCGCAGAUCCACUCCUGACGCCGCCUUCCAUGCAUCAGUCAACCAACUAAAACGUCUUGUCAUCAAAUUUCGCUGUAACUACGAGUCGUCUACCUACACACUACUUUGGCAGACUGCCUUGAUAUAUGUGGCAAACGCCGUUUUACAUGAUACAGACAAUCCUGAAUGGCGAUUCUAUUUUCUAGUGUGCAUAUAUGGUUAUGAAGGACUCAGAAAGUCAUAUCGAGUUGCGGAAAUUGUUUCUCAAGGUCUACUGACUAUGACAGUACGCGACGGAGAUAUAUCUAGCAGCGAAGCAAGGCAACUGCUCAAUGAGAUCAAGGAAGUAGAGGGCAGUCAUGCUUCAGGCGAUGUCAGAGCUACAUUCAUGGUCGAUCUUGAUCUGGCCAUGGUAGACCCAGAAGCAGCUAGGGUGGAGAACUUGGCAGAAAGGUUCGAGGACAUUGCUCUCUUCAGAGACUUCACGACAGUGGAAGAUGAAGAACACACGAGACGCCGAGAGAAGGCAGAGUGGAGUGGUAGCGAUAAAUGA